UAAUUUGAUAUCCUCAUAAAAAUCAUCCUCACAACAAAACGAACUCCACAAAACACAAAUGGACGACACCCGCAAAUUUUCUUUGAAAGAUAAGAUCAAACAAUAUCUUUGUUUCUCAUGUUGCUUCACCACCAACAAUCGCCAUGAAUCCCUACACUUCGAAUCAUCAUCAUCAUCCAACAAGUAUAAUAAUAACAAUAAUAAUAACCCUCCUAUGUUUCUCAUAUCUACAUCCUCACAAUGGAUAAAAUCGCGGGCUUCUGUUGACAUACCAGAGAUAAAAAACAAGUGUCGUAACAUGCUCGGACGAAUUGGUAAUCAAAAUCAUCGUAGACGUCGGUCUUCUGCUGAUUUUAGCUACGAUCCUCUUAGUUAUGCGCUUAACUUUGAAGAGGAUUACGUUGAAGAUGAUAAAAAUCAUGGUAAAGAUUUUUCAAAGAGGUUGCCACCUUCACCACCACAGUCUUCUAGUACUGCUCCUUUGUAUCGUGAUUCUGCUGUUUGAUUAAUUAUUUAAGUAAAGUAUAUAUAUAGAUAAUGUUUUGGAAUUAAGAUGUGUAAAUGAUAUCAAAUUUUUUUUUUCUUU